UAUAAACUAUAAACGUUCGCGGAUCCACGAUCCAGAAUCGGUUGUUUAUUUUCGUCUUUCCCUUUAAAAAAAUCGUUUUUUAUAAGCUAGAAAUAUUUAUUGUAUUUUGAUAUACCGAAAUACGAAUUAUUCAAUCAUAUUGAGUAUUAAAUAAUACUUUUACCCAUAAAUAUUUAGAUUAAUACGUAUUUUCAAUAACUUCAAUCUUCAUUACUUUCUUUCUAAAGUACUUUUAUUAGAAAAUUUGGCUGCAAAAAGUUUCAGUCUUUUAAGAUAUAAUGGAUUCUACAAAAAAAUCUAGUUCUACAAAACUGUUGGAGGAGGACAUACCCACUGAUUUUAAAGUACUAUGGCUGAACACAACAUUGAAAUUUGUAAAAAAUGAUAAACUAUCACUAUUUAAAUAUCCAGAAAUGCCUGCUAACAGGAUAAAAUUUCUUAAAGUUAUGAUAACAACAUCAAAUACAAAUGGAUUGUUUUCUCCACUUAGGGAAGCAUUGAAAAUAAUGAGCUUAAAGUAUGAUUUUCGAAUGUAUGUUGAACGUACAGGGUCUGAGCAAGGACAUUUGUUUUUGGAGAAAAUACCAAAGAAAGAAGUUGUUUACGAUGAUGGAGAGAGCAAACCAGAAUCAUGCGCAAUAUCCAAAGGACAGAAGAAGAGGGAAAAAAAGAAAGGCAAUAAAAAGAAUUUUAUGCAAAUAGUUAGAGAACAAGUGGAUUCGAUAUCGCCUUUAUUUGUUAAGAAUUCAUUGAAAUCGAUUUCCGACUUUGUCGAAGAUGAGGCACAGGCUAGUUUUCCGUUUGACAGCUUGUCGCGAGUCGAGGCGGUGUUUAUAUAUAAUUUUAAUGGUAUUUUAAAGCGAAAAGACGCAAUGCAGGAACUAUUCUCCCCAGUUUGUAAUAUGUUAUGGAAGAAAAUACAUGAUAGAUUGCAAGAUGCAACUCAUUUUAAACUAGAAAUUUCCAGCGUCAAUGUUGAUCCUGAUACAUGUAGGAGACAGAUAACGUUGUUUAAAACACCAAAGUAUAAUAAUAAGAAAACUGAAGAAAUAAAUGAAAGUACAGACUCUGAUGUUGAAAAUGAGAGUCCUCCGAAUAUGGAGAGAGAUGUAUCCGAUGUUAACAGGUUGAAAUUAUUGCAAUCCAUAGAAAAUUGUGUAAAGAAAGACUCACCUCACCAAUCAGCACAUAUAAAUAGCGGUAAUAGCGGUAAUAUGCUUUUAGCAAGUAAGAACUUACUUAACGAAUCAACGAAUAGCAGGGAAUUAGAACUAAAUAAUACGAAACCAGUAACAAAUACGAAAGAGUCAACAAUAGAUAAGAAAUCAGCACCAAAUAAAGAACCAGCAACAAAUAAAGAACCAGCAACAAAAAAAGAACCAGCAACAAAUAAAGAACCAGCAACAAAUAAAGAACCAGCAACAAAUAAAGAACCAGCAAAAAAUAAAGAACCAGCAACAAAAAAAGAACCAGCAACAAAUAAAGAACCAGCAACAAAUAAAGAAAUAGCAACAAAUAGAAAACCGGCAUUAACUAGUAAUCCAGUUCUAGAUAAAGAAUCCGUGAUUGAUAAUAUUGAUAGACAAAUAUCUAAUUUAGAAAUAAAUUCAAAUAAAGUACCGACCGUAGAAAAGACUGUUGUUGGAAGAAAGAGAAAUAAAACUAUACAAGUGCCGACUGUGUCUAGCGCAUUAAACGAAAUGAUGAACACAUCAAGGCUGCCCCAGCCUAAGGUGAAAUUAAUUGAAGGUUUAUCGAAACCUUUGGAGAGUGAAAAGGGUUUAAGAAUGAUGCGUUGUAUGGGAUGGGAUGGCGGUGCUUUAGGGACGCGGGAGGGAGGGAUCACCGAACCGAUAAUGCCGGCUUUGCAUCUCACAGCCAAAGCUGGCCUCGGCCACGUCGGUACUAACAAAGUCGUGAAGGCCAAAAAUAGCCAGGAAUAUCGCUUACACAUCUUAGAAAAUAUACUAAAUCUAUUGAAUAGUAGUUCAACGGAAUUGGUGAUUGACUUCUGUGACCAAUUGAACAAAAAGGAGAUAAAUUACCUUGGUAAUGUCGGUCGUGCACUGAAGAGCGGAAAACGUAUCGGAGUCAGUAGUAAGAGUGAGGAAAAGCUGGAUAAGAAAAUUUCAGCUUUUUUGUCCUCGAAACGGGAUUUGAUGGUCGAUAUACAGGUUGUUAAUAAGAGACAAGUUAAAUUAGAAAAGAAAUCAAUUUUAAACGUACACAACCAAACAAAACAAAAGCAAAGUGCUUUUGUAUUAGAAAAACAUCUUGAAAACACUAAUAGUUUACCAAAUGCUGGUAAAGAAAAAACUAAUAAAACUGUUCGCGGAGAACCUGCAUAUCUAUCAGAUGAAGAGAUACUUUCUCUGUUAGAUCUGAAAGAGCAGGUGAAAAUCUCAAAGAAAUCUAUGAAUAAACUUAAGAUACGAUUGUUUAUAAUAAAAUCGUUCUUAGACUUUUUCAAAAGUGACUCUGAUAAUGUGACCUUGAAUUGUAAAUUGUCGUCACCUAUGAGGAAAUACAUACAUGGAUUGUGCUCAGCCAUAAAUAGCAGAACAGAACACAAAUUUCGUUUUAGUAUAGAGACGUUUGUUUGGUUGGAUAUCGUGCAGUAUUUGAAGGGGAGAGACCUUUAUCUCAUGGUCCAAAUGGAUUCUAGGUCCUUUAGUUUGAAUAAAAUAUCAAAAAGCAGUCCAAACUUCACGACUUAUGAAAAUCAUGAAGAGUCCUCUGGAAGCAGUGACACCAGUUUCUCAAGUGUACAAAGUUCUAAAGAUAGCGAGGAGCAAAAAAAUCAACAAAGUGAUGUUGAAAAUAUAUUUUAUUUUGGUAAUAAUAUAAAUAAUGUGUCCAAUAAUAUGUCUGAAAAUUCUAAAUUUAAAAUAGAUGACAACACAAACAGCUCGGUGAUAAACGUGAGAAUUAUUCAACGAAUCGGCAAACCGAUGACAAUUGACACGGUUAAGGAAAUUCAAACUCGAAUUUCGAACGCGAUUGUCUCCCCGCCAUUUCCAAUGUUGAAGUGUCACGGUGUCAAAAGUGACAGUUUGAUCUACAGUUGUUAUGACAAAAACAGUUUCGAAUUCUUAAAGGAGGUUUUAAAAGAUUUUCAAAUUGUCGAGUACGAGAUCAGUAGCCUUUUCAAAAUGGCGGCUACAUUCAAAUCUAACGCGUCGUUAGCAAAAGUGUUACACUGGUUACACUUAUAUCAUAAUUUGAAUGUUAACAAUUGGGAUAUAUUAAGUACCUCAACAAAUAGUAAUUUAAGUUUUACGGUGUCUAUGGAUUUUGAUUCUUUUCAGUACAUUUGUAUGAAAAAAUUUACAUUGCUUACGGGUGUUGACGAGUUAACAUUUGAGAUCAUUAUAUAGUUCCUAUUUGUGUUUAAACUAGUAACUAAUAACGAAUGGCUAAUGUCGGCUUUUUAGCAUAUUUCUUGGGAAACAGAUUUUUUUUUAAGAAUUGGUAUUGGUAUAUUUUGGGACUAUUAAGCCUUUACAAUGGCCAAGGGAAUAGUUGCAGAGAUACUUCAACUAAAUAUUUGUCUAACGCCCGGUUUCUAUAACAGCUGUCAAAUAGGAUGAAUUGAAAAUCUACUUUUAAUAUAGAAUAAUAAUUAAGCGUCAUUUAUUCCUUGAAACAUUUACAAAAUAUAAUACAUUAAUGAUAUAUAUAUCUAUAUUUUUUUGUAAUGUUUAAUAAACGUUUGAAAUAGGCCUCUUUCGAGAGUCGCGGUGUUUCAUGCAGUAUUGAGUAAUGAAAAUUAUUACUUUUUUCAAUCUCAAGAAUUUCUUGAAGCAGUCUUUUGUAAGUCAGUCUUUCUCAAUACCAAAAAUACUUAGUUAAAAUACGUAUAAAGAAGACUAAAGACAUUUUUGCAAUAUAUCUUGGAUUUAACGGGAUAGAGAUAACAUAUCUUCCGAAUAGUAUUCGCGUAGUAAAAUAUGAAAUCAACGCGUUUGACAUAAACUGAUAAUUGUAUUGAUGACAAUACUUGACAGUUAA